AUGAUUGUUCUAGAAUGGCUAUUCCUCACAAUUGCUCCUUGUGAUGCAGCGGAACCAUGGCAAUUAGGAUCUCAAGACGCAGCAACACCUAUGAUGCAAGGAAUAAUGGACUUACAUCACGAUAUCUUUUUCUUCCUCAUUCUGAUUUUGGUUUUCGUAUCACGGAUCUUGGUUCGCGCUUUAUGGCAUUUCCACUAUAAAAAAAAUCCAAUCCCGCAAAGGAUUGUUCAUGGAACUACUAUCGAGAUUCUUCGGACCAUAUUUCCCAGUAUCAUCCCGAUGUUCAUUGCUAUACCAUCAUUUGCUCUGUUAUACUCAAUGGACGAGGUAGUAGUAGAUCCAGCCAUUACUAUCAAAGCUAUUGGACAUCAAUGGUAUCGGACUUAUGAGUAUUCAGACUAUAACAGUUCCGAUGAACAGUCACUCACUUUUGACAGUUAUACGAUUCCAGAAGAUGAUCUAGAAUUGGGUCAAUCACGUUUAUUAGAAGUGGACAAUAGAGUGGUUGUACCAGCCAAAACUCAUCUACGUAUUAUUGUAACACCUGCUGAUGUACCUCAUAGUUGGGCUGUACCUUCCUCAGGUGUAAAAUGUGAUGCUGUACCUGGUCGUUUAAAUCAGAUCUCUAUUUCGGUACAACGAGAAGGAGUUUACUAUGGUCAGUGCAGUGAGAUUUGUGGAACUAAUCAUGCCUUUACGCCUAUCGUCGUAGAAGCUGUUCCUAGGAAAGAUUAUGGUUCUCGGGUAUCCAAUCAAUUAAUCCCCCAAACCGGGGAAGCUUAA